AUGCGCUCUCCGCAGGAAUCGAUAAACAACCUUCCUUUGUCUUUCUCUUUCAAUUGCACACCUGAACCCCGCGAUAUCAUGGAGGAAGAAGACGACGAUUUUUAUGACCCUGCUGAUGCAGUGCCGGUCACCAACACUCAGAAUGCGCCUCACAACCAGUCCACCAAUGCCACACCCCAGCAUUCAAAUGAUGACGAAGAGAUUGAGGUAGAAGAGGACGAUGAUGAUGAAUUCAACAUCAUUACGGAGGCUCCUCCGGAUGCUCCAGCUCCCGAAGUAUCCCAUCCCCGUCAUGCGAUGCUUCGAACCGAGUCCCAGCGAACGCCAUCCACCGAUCUUUACACGGGGUCGAAAUCCGCCACCCCUACCUUGACGCCCAAAGUAGAAUCAGCUACGCCCGUCUCCGCUAAUGCACGACCGGCCGCUCCCCAGAGGCCGGGCUCCGAAUACCCCCCGGUCCACGCAUCUAACAUUGAUGUUCAUGCGAACCCGACGCACCCUUCUACCGGAAAGCCUAUUCUGUCGACGGAUAUGGAUAUGGAUUUCCCGGAGGAUGACAAGCCGUGGAGACGCCCGGGAUCGGAUAUCUCUGAUUACUUCAACUACGGAUUUGACGAAUUCACCUGGGCUAGCUACGUCUUGAAACAGCAAGAGCUUCGGAGGGAAGUCGGGGACCAGAAGAAACAACUGGACGAGAUGCAGGCGUUCUUGAACGGUGGAAUGCCACCGCCAAUGCCCGGAGGCCCGCAGCCAGGACCUGCACCCGGUCCCGCCGCCGGGCCUCCGCCGAUGCCGGGCAUGCCUGGUAUGCCUGAUAUGUCUCCGGAAAUAAUGCAGGGCAUCUUGACCACCAUGAUGUCCCGAGGCAUGGAUCCUACGACCAUGGACCCUAUGACUUUUAUGCAGCAUGCUCAAGCAUUUAUGGGCGGGCAAUCCGGCGCAGGCGGCGGACAACCAGCUCAAGCCGGGUUUGCUGGCCAAGGAGGGCAACCUCAGAUGGGAGGAUAUGGUGGUGGCUUCAAUGCCGGACGAGGGCGAGGGCGAAGGUGGUAA